CUUGAUAGAGUCACUAUGCUGUCGAAACAGUAUGGCUAGGAGCUUCUGCAAUCAUCAGGAUGAGCUUCUUAUAUUUUCUCAAUCAGCACUUGACUUAUGAUUGCAUAUGCGACUACCUGCAUGCGUUCCUAGCUCAUCCAUAAGCAAGCACACGUCCCAUCGCCCUUGACAUAGGCCCCCAAACAGCCCCCUUAAAGCAGCGCAACCAUGGACAGCCAGUCUCGGAUUCGAGAAAACAUGCGACACAUCCAGGCCUUUGAGGCCAAACCGAACCCCAAGCCUCUCUCGGAAACGGCCGUCACUCGCGGGUUUGAGAAGGUGGCCUUCCCAAAGCUGGUCCGGGAGCUAUCCGGCGACAAUCCCAUUGUACGACAGAAGGCCCUGCUGGCAGCACGUGACUUGCUUACCUCGCCCGUCAACCUGGUGCAGUGUGUGGCUGCGGGGGCCACACCGGCCAUCGUUGCGCUGCUCGGGGAGAGCGUACGCGAUAACGCCUACUCGGCGCUGAUCGAGGCGGCCCGGUUUGACUCCACCCGUCGGGCUCUGGAAGAGCUCGGGGAUGUUCUCCCGCGGGUGAUGGAGCUUGUGUUGGAGGAGGUGGAGGGGGCGCCAAGGCGGGCACAGCAGGGCCUGACGCUGCUGUACGCCUGCACGCAGGUUCGCCGCAACGCAGGCGUGCUGACUCAGCUGGUCGACACGUCGCAAGCCAUACCCCGCCUGGCGGAGCUUCUAGACCCGCGGCUGCCGCAACCUGUACGGCAUGCGGCAGCGGAACUGCUAGGCGCUCUUUCCUCAAGAGAAGAUGCCAAGAUACAAGCCGUACAGGUGGGCAGCGUGCCGCUGCUGCUGCAGGUCUGUAGCCCCCGCUGCUCCGUGGACUUUGCUACAGCUGCAGUGGCGGCCCUGGCGGCAAUUACCAUUCGGCGUGAGGGCAAGUACGCUGUGGUGGAGACGGCGGGGGGCCUGGCGGCGCUGGUUUCGGUGCUGGACCCCGCCAACGAGCAGCUGUGCAUCAACGCCAUGACGACUAUUUGCAACGUGGCGGAGGCGCCCGAGGCGAGGGAGAUACUGGCCGAGUGUGGCGCGGCCCCCAAGCUGCAACGGAUCUUUGAAGGUGCGCUUUCGGAGCCCCUCAAGCGCAGCGCAGCGCACGCAAUACGGCAGUGCCGCUUCAAGCACCUGCCGUACGAGGUCCUGCCUGGCGCGCCGGCUUUGCUGGCGGAAUGAUUGGCC